AUGCUGUUUCUCGGACUGUUACGCACUACGGAGCGCAGGAAGGAGUGGGAAAGCUGCCCUUUCUGUAGAGUGAGCGUAUCUGUGAGACUGCUCACCUGUUUUUCCUUUAUCUCCAGGUAUGGUCCAAAAAUGCCCCUUGCGGUGGAUUGCACUGCGGAACUGAUUCGCUGCAAGGUUCUGGAUGUAUCUGGCAGGUUGAAGUCACAUGAGCUCAUACUCUCUUAUGGACUGGCCCUUGUCAGGUUUGUCAAUUUGAUCACAGAAAGGAAACAGAAGAUGGUCAGCAUUCCUCUGAGACAGUUAGCUAGAGAGGUGGAUAUCCCCAUCUGGGUGGUGGACCUGCGUCACGAGCUGACCCACGGGAAGCUGCCGCGGCUGGCGCUGUGCCGCAGGGGCUGUGAUGUUGUGCUGGACUGGCUGCGAAAGACGUACUGGAGCCGUCAGCUGGGCAAUAACUUAUGUGAAGAAAGUGAGGAUGAGGAAGAGGAGCAGGAAGACGUGGAAGCAAAUGCAGAGUUGGAAAGUGAUGCAUGGGAAAUUCAAACCCCACAGCAUGAGGCCUGUCAGAAACAUAAGGAAUUCCAUGAAAAAGUCAGAGAUGUGCUGAUAUCUUACAAGAACGAGCAGUUUCGGGUUAUGCAGACUGUGCAGUCUGUUCCCAAGUCUCGAGAGCUGUGGUCCGAUUCAUCUUCAGAAGUGGACUGGAUUUUGGCUCAGAUCAAAGACCUGAUGCAGGAGAACAGGAGGCAAAAGGUCCUUUUAGACCUGAAGGAAAAUGAGCUAACUGCAAAGAAUGUUCUGCUGUCUGCUUCAGAGAGCUGGCCAAAG